CGUUCCCCAGUGCUCUCAGGGCUUCUGAGAGAAAGGCAGAGAACAGUGAGAGAGAGUGUGUGUGGGUGAGAUAUUGAGAGAAGAAUAAAAUGAUUUCUUCAUCUUCUUUUACGAUCAUCUCCAAAUGCACUGUGUUCCCAGAACAGAAAUCGUCGCUUGGAUUACUCAAGCUUUCUGUCUCUGAUCUCCCUAUGCUCUCCUGCCAUUAUAUACAGAAGGGCCUUUUUUACACUCGUCCUCCUCUUCCCAUCGAUUCUCUUCUCUCUCUGCUUAAACGCGGCCUUUCCAAGACUCUGAUAUAUUUUCCUGCCCUCGCUGGCCGUCUCACAACUGACGAUGACGGUUUCGUUUACAUCGCCUGCAAUGAUGCUGGCGUCGACUUUCUCCAUGCCAACGCUGCUCACCUCACCAUUCGUGACAUUCUCUCUCCCGUCCACGUGCCGGACUCCGUUAAGGAGUUCUUCGCCUUUGACCGCACCAUCAGCUACGACGGCCAUUUCAUGCCCAUAGCCGCCGUCCAGGUGACUGAGCUCGCUGACGGAAUCUUCAUCGGGUGCACCGUCAACCACGCGGUGGCUGACGGUACGUCCUUCUGGAACUUCUUCAACGCCUUUGCCGAGGUAUGCAGGGGUGUCAACAAACUCACUAGGCCACCGGAUUUUCGCCGCAAUUUUGUCAACGGAUCUCUUGCGGUGCUUCGAUUCCCUGAGGGCGGUCCCCAGAUAACGUUCUCUUCCGACGUCCCUCUAAGUGAGAGGAUCUUUCAUUUCAGCAGAGAAGCGAUACUGAAGCUGAAAUCCAGAGCUAACAAAUGGGUAGACAACAGAUUAACAGUCGAGGUUGAGAUUUUGGGGAAGCAAAGUAACGAUGGCUGGAAACCCCAAAGUGAUAAUAACCAGAAUCCCAACGGGAAGAUAACUUCUGUUAUCGGCAGCUGGCUAAGGAACGCCGUUUCGAACUCCCAAGUUACCGAAACCGCCGAUCAGACGGUCGAGGUUUCAUCCUUCCAGUCUCUCUGCGCCCAACUAUGGCGUUCGGUCACACGAGCAAGAAAGCUCCCUCCUUCCAAGCCAACCACAUUCCGAAUGGCAGUGAACUGUCGUCUGCGAAUUGAACCCAAGGUCGAUCCGUACUACUUCGGAAACGCAAUUCAGAGCAUUCCAACGAUCGCUUCUGCUGGGGAGAUACUUUCGGGGAAUCUGCGGGCGUGCGCGCUUUUGCUGCAUGGAAAUGUAAUCGCGUACAACGACGCGGCAGUGCGGCGGGUAGUGGAGGACUGGGAGAAGAACCCGCGCUGCUUCCCGCUAGGAAACUCCGAUGGUGCAAUGCUCACUAUGGGGAGUUCACCGAGAUUCCCGAUGUACGACAAUGAUUUUGGGUGGGGCCGACCGUUGGCCGUUCGAAGCGGGAGAGCGAACAAAUUUGACGGUAAGAUUUCGGCGUUUCCCGGUCGGGAAGGCGGAGGAAGCGUUGACCUGGAGGUGUGCUUAGCCCCCGAAACGAUGGAAGGGCUUGAGAAGGAUUCGGAGUUCAUGCAGUACGUGUCAUAGACCAGGAGACAUAAUCAUGAAAAAGCCUUGUGUGUUUUGUUUAGGUAACCGUAAAUCACUAAAUUGACUGUUCGAUGUUGCGAAGAACGCCGCUGAUCGCUUCACAGGCGAAGCACCGUGGAGGACUGAUCCAUUAGAGGGUCCUGAUUUGCUUGAAAGAGGAUAAGCGUUGAAGGGUCCAUAGCCAUACCCAAUUACCCAUAGGGUAGGCAAAUGGGCAAUGUCUCUCUCUCUCUCUCUCUCUCUCUCUCCCGUUGGGAUUCUGUCUCCAAGCCUUGUGAAUUAAAUAAGAAAGUAUAACAUGUAACCGUACUCUUAAAUAAUCCUGAGUAGGUACUUUUAAAUCCGGA